UGCGUGUUUCUGAAGUAUUUCAGAUCUGCUGUUCAACUCCACAGUUCUGGGGAAACAGAGAGAUCUACAGUCAUCAUUAGAGCUGUGAACCGGUGAGGAAGAUGGCGUCUGUUGAAGAGCUGCUCUUGAAAUCACUGGAAGAUCUGGAAAAUCCUGAGCUGAAGAAAUUUCAGUGGCACUUAAAGAAAUAUCCUAAACGUAUAUAUAAGUGUGAAAUGGAGAAAGCAGACAGGUUAGACACUGUGGACAAGAUGGUAGAGUGUUUUGGAGCAGAAGAUGCUGUGAAUAACACUGUCAGCAUCCUGAGGAAAAUAAACCAGAAUAAUCUGGCGGAGCAGCUGGAGAAUGAACACAAGAAUCAAGGCUCAGCUUCAGCAGACAGCAAACAGGUUCUUCAAGAGAACAGCAAGAGACUAAAAGACAAAUUAAAGCAGGACUACGAGCAGAUAUUGGUUGGUAACACACAGAAAGGUCGUCAGAAGUACCUGGAUGAUAUUUACACUGAACUAUAUGUGGUGGAGAACGAGACUGGAGGAAGAGAGAAUGACCAUGAGGUGAUGCAGAUAGAGUCAAGACACAACCAACAGACUGCCGAGGAUAAACCAAUCAAGUGUAACGACAUGUUUAAAGUUCAGCCUGACACAGGUCGACGGAACAGAAGAGUCCUGACACUGGGGAUUGCAGGAGUGGGAAAAACUGUGUCUGUUAAUAAAUUCAUUCUUGACUGGGCUGAAGGAAAAGACAAUCAGGAAAUAGACUUCAUAUUUCCACUGCCGUUCCGUAGACUGAAUCUGAUUAAACAAAAAGAGUCCAGUCUCAUAGGUCUGCUUAACAAGUACUUCUUUAGAAGUCCCAAUACAUUGAGCUCUCUUCCUGAAGAACAAGGCAAGGUGAUGUUCAUCUUUGAUGGACUGGAUGAAUGUCGCUUCCCUCUGACCCUUGAUGAAGAUGAUGGGUUGACAGAUGUGAAUGAGAAAAUGAAUGUGAGUAAGAUGCUACCAAACCUGUUAAGGAGACAUCUGAUGUCCUCUUCCCUCAUCUGGAUCACAUCCAGACCAGCAGCAGCCAGUCUGAUACCCCGAGACUACAUUGAUCAGGUGACUGAGGUGCGAGGAUUCAAUGAUGAGCAGAAGGAGCAGUACUUCAUCAAAAACAGCAGUGCUGAGGUUGCUGGAAACAUCAUCAGUCACAUCAGGAAAUCCAGGAGUCUGUACAUCAUGUGCCACAUCCCUGUCUUCUGCUGGAUCUCUCUCACUGUUCUUCAGCCUCUGCUGGCUCAAGAGAGCAAUAAAAAAACACCUACAACUCUCACAGGGAUGUACAUCAACUUCUUACUGUCUCAAAAGCAGCAGAUGAGAGAAAAAUACAGCAAUGAUUCUGACCCGGAAGCCAAUGCCUGGUCUUUUGCUGACAUUGUUCUGAAGCUGGGGAAACUGGCCUUUAAACAGCUGCAGAAAGGCAAUCUGAUUUUCUACAAAGAAGAACUUGAGGAGUGUGGGCUGGAUGUCGAGCAAGCAUUUCUGUUCUCUGGGUUAUGUACUCGAAUGUUUCAGGAGGAAAAAGAAGUUUCAGAUGCAAAGGUUUACAGCUUCGUACAUCUCAGCGUUCAGGAGUUCCUCGCGGCUCUCUAUGUGUUUUAUACUUACAAAAUCAAGAAAGCAAACCCAUUUCUUGAUUCCUGGAAGAAGCUGACAUGGAUACUGUCUAAAAGGUCUCUGUUAAAGCUUCAUAAGGCUGCAGUCGAGAAGACUUUACAAAGCAAGAAUGGACACCUGGACCUUUUCCUCCGCUUCCUGCUGGGUCUCUCACUGGAGUCCAAUCAGAGUGACCUGGAGGAGCUUCUGCCACGACUGAAGCUCAAAACUGAGAACAUCAAACACACGACAGACUAUAUCAAGAAGAAAAUAGAGGAGGAGAAGAGAGGACAAUCAGCAGAGAGGACCAUCAACCUCUUCCACUGUCUGAAUGAACUGAAGGAUGACAUUGUGGAGGACCUCCAGAAGAGUCUGAGCUCUGGAAUUCUUAUAUCACAGGAUCUGUCCUCUGCUCAGUGGUCGGGUCUGGUGUUUGUGCUCCUGAUGUCAGAAGAGACUCAAGAGAAGUUUGAACUGCAGAAGUGCAGAAGAUCUGAUGAAGCACUGAUGAGACUGAUGCCAGUGGUCAAGAACACCAGGAGAGCACUGUAA